AUGAUGUCAAGCAAGCCACCGAAUCGCAAACAGUCUUACGAGGAGCGUGCUAGCCCUUAUGCCGAAAUCACGAGAAUCAGUAGCGAUCAAGAGAGCAGAGGAUGGCAGAACGAUAUGUUGCAAGCUUUACAGCGGAACGCUACUCCCGAGCCAAUUCGCUUAGCAUGUAUGACUAACUUGCCUUCGAGGCCCUCCUUUUUUCAGGAAGAGUUCCAUGGCCGAAUUCCACGGGAGAAAGCAGAGGAACUACUCUCUGCAAAUGGCCCAGUCAACGGGCGAUACUUAGUCCGCGAAAGUAAUAGUUCUCCAGGUGAUUAUAGCCUGUCAUUAAGUUACGAUGGCCGUAUUUUACAUUACAGAUUAAAAUAUGAAAAUGAAAGAUACUUCACCGAUGAGAAGGAAUCCAAAUAUUACACGUCGAUCACCGAUCUUGUUGUAGAUGUGCUGAGCAUGUAUCGUUUGGUACAUAAUGUUGGUGGACGUGUACCGAAAGAAGAGAAGAAAAAACCAAAUUCCUUUCCCCACUUAUUUAAGCCCCAUAGCUACAAACAUUUCAAAUGGUGUGCUUUUUGUGGGGGAUUCUUAUGGGGACUUAGAGAUCAAGGAAUGAAGUGUGAGGGAUGUGGCCUCGAUGUUCAUGGACGCUGCAUGAAGCAUGUGGGUGAAGAGUGUACUAAAAAGUUGCCUGUGAAAGAAAAGAAAGAGCCGCGUAGAAAAUUUGUUCCCAUUAGCUCAAGAACAAAGAGUGUUUCCAACGAAAUAUUCAAGCCUACAUGUGAGUAUCAAGAGAGCUGUAUUCGUUUCCUUACUCAUUUGAAUAUUCCUUCACAAUAUUUUACGGUUGAUGCUCUGAAUCCGUGUUAUUGUGAAGAGUGUUGUGUUGAUGUUGACACCCCACUGUGUAAAACGGGUGAUCCACCUCAAAUGUACUCCUUGCCAACUGGAUGGUGUCGCUUUCAGCUUGCACCUGUCUGUAGUGAGGCUGAAAGUGAUAUCAUAUCAUCAACUUGGAACUUGGCAUUUUUGUCACUGGACCCAGAGGAAGUAACAGAAAUUUUACGGUCAAAGUUUACGGAAAAUCGGUCAAAUGAUUCAGGUCAAGAAGGAUCCAAACCUCUCAUCAAGUUGACUCCUUCCAUUAUCUGUGCAGAUUUGGAUGCUCGUAAGCUAAGGUAUGCUGAUAGUGACAGUGGGGAGAGCAAAGCUGGCCAAGUUGUACUACAGGCUUACAUUGAGCCUUAUUCCUACCAAAUGAUGCGCAGACCAGGAUCAACAGAAGAAAUUGAUCCUUAUUUUAAGAUGGACUCUAUUUACUGGGUGACAAGGCAAGCUCUAUCUAUAAUACCAUUUGCAGUGCUUGUAAAAACGAUGGAUGCAACUUACCUUAAAUUAUAG